CUUCUGCUCUCGACCAUGCUCUCAGGCAGGAUCCACUUCUUGUGGAACUUCCAUCAGUCAGAGUCUCUAUCAGCUCUCAUUAAUAUUAGAAUAUAACCCGUUUCUCUCAGGAGAAGAAUAGACGAGAGGAGCUUUAGAACAAUCCCACCUCUUCAUCCGGGUCCUUAUCUGCUGUUAGCUGCUUCAUGCUAGGUGGCUAAUGCUAGUCGGUGCUAGUCAACAAACUGAAGAAUAAAGAGGAGCAGGAACACCGGAGACCCAGCAGGAGAAGGAGCACUGAGAGCAGCAUGGAGGAGAAACAACGAGACCCCCAGAACUCAGAGACCCAGCAGGAGAAGGAGCACUGAGAGCAGCAUGGAGGACAACAAAGAGACCCCCAGAACUCAUAAACAGAGAAGAAGAAAGGAACCCAAACUUUUCAGCUGUGACCAAUGUGUGAAAUAUUUCACUAGGUCAAGUAAACUUCAGAUCCAUUAUCGUAUUCACACUGGAGAGAAACCAUACAGCUGUGACCAGUGUGGGAAAACCUUUUCUCAUGGCACUAGCCUUAAAAGCCACAAGCGCAUCCACACUGGAGAGAAACCAUACAACUGUGAAGAGUGUGGGAAAACAUUUUCUCAUGGCACUAGCCUUAAAAGCCACAAGCGCAUCCACACGGGAGAGAAACCAUACAACUGUGAAGAGUGUGGGAAAACCUUUUCUCAUGGCACUAGCCUUAAAAACCACAAGCGCAUCCACACGGGAGAGAAACCAUACAACUGUGAAGAGUGUGGGAAAACCCUUUCUCAAGGUAUAGGUCUUGAAGUCCACCAGCUUAUCCACACAGGAGAGAAACCAUACAGCUGUGAAGAGUGUGGGAAAACCUUUUCUCGUGGCACUAGUCUGAAAGUCCACCAGCUUAUCCACACAGGAGAGAAACCAUACAACUGUGAAGAGUGUGGGAAAACCUUUUCUCAAGGUACAGGCCUAAAAGUCCACCAGCUUAUCCACACGGGAGAGAAACCAUACAGCUGUAAAGAGUGUGGGAAAACUUUCACUACAUCAAGUCAACUCACAAUCCAUUGUCGUAUUCACACUGGAGAGAAGCCAUACUGCUGUGAAGAGUGUGGGAAAACUUUCACUUCAUCAAGUAGCCUCACAAUCCAUCAUCGUAUUCACACUGGAGAGAAGCCAUACUGGUGUGAACAGUGUGGGAAAACUUUCACUACAUCAAGUCACCUCACAAUCCAUAGUCGUAUUCACACUGGAGAGAAGCCAUACUGGUGUGAACAGUGUGGGAAAACUUUCACUACAUCAAGUCACCUCACAAUCCAUAGUCGUAUUCACACUGGAGAGAAGCCAUACUGGUGUGAACAGUGUGGGAAAACCUUUUCUCAAAGUGAAACACAUAAAAUCCACGAACGCACUCAUACUGGAGAGAAACCAUUUAGCUGUGACCAGUGCGACAAAGCUUUCACAAGAUCUUAUAAACUUAAAGUCCACCAGCGCACUCACUCUGCCUCCAUCUGAUCCUUUUCGGAGUGAAGCUAGCAUUCCCCCUGCUUUAUCCACAUGUAAAGCUGACAAACAGUGACUUUACGUUCUAAUAAACAUCUUUUUUAUGACUACAUUCAGACCUCCCAAAAUCCUGCUGUCCUCACACACAAUUAGCUCUAUAUGAGAGUGCUCUUGUUAAUACAAAUGGUUUUUUAAUUUACAUAGAGCAGCCUUUAUUACUGUUGCUGCGAUGCUGAACGUAACAAUGAUCUGUCUACCAGCAGCCUGUAGAUGAGACGUUUAGGAAACAUCUGUAAAUAGAAGCAUCUCUGGAUCUUUUACAUACUUCCUAAUCAAUUAUCCUUUAUGUGUGCAGUUGUAAUUUUAGUGAGCAUCUAGUUCAGAAUGUUUGUUGCCCAACACCUAUUCACUUCCUGUGUGUAACGGUCACUGAAUCGUUUUUAUUCAACGUUUAUGUUCAAUUGAAAGGUUUGAGUUGCUAUUUUGGUACUUUUUUUGUAUUUACUUAAAGUGAUGUUCAAAACACUACGAAACGUUAGGUAUGAGAAGUGAUAAAGUACAUUUGUGACGUUCUAGUUUUGUUUGAACAAACAUUGUUUUAGUGAAACUCUGAUAUAAUAUUAUCUCAUGUUCAUUAUUUGACUUCAUUGUGACGGCCGUUAGUUUUCUGUGUUCUCAGUAAAUGUGAUUCUUGCUGCUGUAAUAAUCUGAGCUGUAAACUUAAAAUUGUUCUUCUAGUUUCUCAUUAAACUUGUCGACACAAA